AUGCCGCCGCUCAGAUCCGAUACUAUUGGCCUCCAAGCAGCAGUCCACAAACCAAUGGGUCUAUGUAAGGUCACUGUGAUGAUGAGAUGUCAAAACGUGACUGAAGUAAGUGAUGAACCAGGAGAUGAAACCUACCUCAACGAUAGGUACACUGAUGUCUACAUCACAAAAGGAAGGAGUAACGAGGUUAAUACUCAACAUGAGGUGUGGCAGCUUGAGACAACUUCCAAUGCCAUCUGUGACCCUUCAAUCAAGUGUCAGGACAUCUUUAAAGUCUUACCUGACCAACCUAAAUACAUCAAAGUCGUUCUGAUGAACGGUGUCGCUGGUGUUGGAAAAACCUUCUCAGUGAAGAAGUUCGCUCUGGACUGGGCAGAGGGCUUAAAAAACCAGCAUAUCAGUCUGGUGUUUAUGUUUCCGUUCAGGGAGCUGAACUUGAUCAAACAUAAGAAGUACAGUCUGAUCAUGCUGAUCUAUAAAUUCUAUCCAACAUUACAGAAGCUCACAGGAGAGAAGCUCGCUGUCUGUAAAGUUUUGUUUAUCUUUGACGGCCUGGAUGAAAGCAGACUUUCACUGGAUUUCGACACCAGGAAGGUCGUGACUGAUGUCACAAAGAAGUCAUCAGUCAGCGUGCUGUUGACAAACCUCAUCAAGGGGAACCUGCUUCCCUCGGCUCUCGUCUGGAUAACUUCCCGACCUGCAGCAGCCAAUCAGAUCCCUCCUUCAUGUGUUAACAGGGUAACAGAAGUUCGAGGCUUCACUGACGACCAGAAGGAGGAGUACUUCAGGAAGAGAUUCAGUGAUAAAGAGCAGUCCAGCAGAAUCAUCUCACACAUCAAGACAUCCAGGAGCCUCCACAUCAUGUGUCACAUCCCAGUCUUCUGCUGGAUCACUGCUACAGGUCUGGAGGAAAUAUUGACUACAGACCAGAGAAGAGAGCUGCCCAAAACCCUGACUGACAUGUAUUCACACUUCCUGCUGGUUCAGACAAAGAGGAAGAAGAACAAGUACGAUGGGGGACAUAAGACGAGUCCACAGGAAAUGACGGAGGCUGACAGGAAACUUCUUCUGAAGCUGGGGAGGCUGGCGUUUGAACAACUACAGAAAGGAAACAUCCUGUUCUACCAUGAAGACCUGAAGAAGUGUGGUCUUGAUGUCACAGAGGCCUCUGUGUUAUCAGGAUUUUGUACACAGAUCUUCAAAAGAGAGAAACUCCAGAAGAAAGCAGUUUACAGCUUUGUUCAUCUGAGCAUUCAGGAGUUUCUGGCUGCAGUCUACAUGUACCGCUGUUACGCCAGCAAGAAGACAAAGGUACUGGAGGACUUUGUCGGAGAAAACAACAUUUACUCAUCUCUGGAUGACUUCCUGAUGGGAGUCAUGGAGAAAUCUCUCCAAAGUAAAAAUGGCCACCUGGACCUGUUUGUUCGCUUCCUUCAUGGCCUCUCUCUGGAGUCCAACCAGAAUGUCUUAGGAGGCCUGGUGGGUCAGACAGAGAACAGUCCAGAAACCAUCCAGAGAGUCAUCAACAACCUGAAGGAGAUGAACAAUAGUGAUAUCUCUCCUGACAGAAGCAUCAACAUCUUCCACUGUCUGAUGGAGAUGAACGACCGCUCAGUCCAUCAGGAGAUCCAAGAGUUCCUGAAGUCAGAGAACAGAUCAGAGAAGAAACUCUCUGAGAUCCACUGCUCAGCUCUGGCCUACAUGCUGCAGAUGUCAGAGGAGGUUCUGGAUGAGUUGGACCUGGAGAAGUACAACACAUCAUGGGAGGGACGACAGAGACUGAUCCCAGCUGUGAGGAACUGCAGAAAGGCUCGAUUGUGUGGCUGUAGUUUGUCAGAGGUCAGCUGUGAUUCUCUGGCCUCAGCUCUGAAGUCCAACCCCUCCCAUCUGAGAGAGCUGGAUCUGAGAGACAACAAGCUGCAGGAUUCAGAUGUGAAGCUGCUGUCUGCUCUUAAGAAAAGUCCAAACUGCAAACUGGAGACUCUGAGAUUGGAGGACUGCAGUUUGUCAGAGACCAGCUGUGCUCCUCUGGUCUCAGCUCUGAAGGGAGACCCCUCCCAUCUGAGAGAUCUGGAUCUGAACUACAACAAGCUGCAGGAUUCAGACAUGGAGCAGCUGUGUGAUUUUUUGAAGAAUCCAGACUGUAGACUGAAGGCUCUGCAACUAUGGGACUGCGGUUUGUCAGAGAUCAGCUGUACUUCUCUGGUCUCAGCUCUGAAGUACAACCCCUCCUAUAUGAGACAUCUGGAUCUGAGUAACAACAAGCUCCAGGAUUCAGACGUGGAGCUGCUGUGUGAUUUUCUCAAGAAUCCAGCCUGUAGACUAUAUCUUCUGGGAUUGUGGGGCUGCAGUUUGUCAGAGAUCAGUUGUGCUUCUCUGGUCUCAGCUCUGAAGUCCAACCCCUACCAUCUGGGAGGUCUGUAUCUGAAUAACAACACGCUGCGGGAUUCAGACAUGGAGCAGCUGUCUGAUCUUCUGAAGAAUCCAGCCUGUGAACUGAAGACUCUGAGUUUGUGUCGCUGCGAUUUGUCAGAGAUCAGCUGUGCUUCUCUGGCCUCAGCUCUGAAGCACAACCCCUCCCAUCUGAGACAUCUCUAUCUGAGCUACAACAAGCUGCAGGAUUCAGGAGUGGAGCUGCUGUCUGAUCUUCUGAAGAGUCCAGACUGUGAACUGGACACCGUGAGAUUGUGUGGCUGCAGUUUGACAGAGAUCAGCUGUGAUUAUCUGGCUGCAGCUCUGAAGUCCAACCCCUCCCAUCUGAGAGAGCUAGAGUUGUGUGGAAACAACCUGACGGAUUCAGAUGUGAAGCUGCUGUCUGAUCUUGAGAAGAGUCCACGCUGCAGACUGGAGUAUCUGAGCUGGUGAUGAUCUCUGUCAGAGUGAGAGUGAACAUCCAGGAGUGUUGAGAGAGGAUCAGCUGGAUCCUGAUGAUCCAUCUGGAGUCUGGAUCUGGAUUUUACCAUCUUCACUUAAGUCUCUUAACUGAC